AUGUCCUCUGUGGAGGUCGAGCUGCCCAUCAUGGGUAAUUCAUUGCUCGCUCAUCCUCACAGUUAUGGCCAUGGAAACAUAAACUUCAGUCAGACUUACAUCCCUGACGGUGUUUCUCCCCUCUCUCCUUCAUCAGUGUAUUCACAACCACCAUCUCGGCCCAGGCGUUCUCACGGGUCGUUGUCAUUCCUUUCUUCCGGAAUGAGUCGGCCUGAAUCUAACGAACAAUUAUAUGUGCCGUCUCGACGAGGCCUAGAAAAGGUCUCUGUUACUGUGUCGCCGUUCCGGUCCGUUCGACAGAUGAAAGAGCCCUUCCAACUCAAGCUUCCUCGUUCACCGUCCUUUGAAAACAAUCUGAUGUCCAGUUCGCUCCCGAAUCGAGAAGUCAAGGAAAAAAAAUCACAACCACGAGGUCUUCAGUCACCUAUUGGUCUCCGCCCUUUGCGCACCUGUCGAUCAGACCAGAACCUGGUUGCGGGUGCUUUGGAGACAUUCGGACUGCUACCUAGUCCUACUCUAUCAGAAUCUCGACUGACAUCGGAACUCAAUACCACACGAAGGGAUUUUACUUUUCAGAAAGACAAGCCUCUUCCUGUCCCUAAACGCUCGUGCCAUAUGACAACCCAAAGAUGUAAAGUCUGCCUAGUUGACAGCUGCCAAGUCACGGAUUGCGAAGCGGCGCCGCCUGCGGAUGCUGCGUCGGGAACUUUCUACCAGAGUGAAAUACCAGAGGAGGCUCCGAAGCAGAUGCUGGCACCUAGCUUUUCUUCCCAGGAAGUGCGAAACCCAACAUCCACGCCGCAAAUGCAACAGCUCACUGAGAUUAAAUCUCCGGCAACCUCCUCUGCUAAGAACCAUAAACGGUCAAGAACGACAACUGUAUCGAGUGCAGCCAGCUGGGUUCCAGAGAAUUUGACAUAUUGCGAAGAUUGGCUUCAGAGGGUUCCCCUUGAAACUCCGGAACGUCAAGAUGGAAGAGGACGAGAAAUCAACAGGCGCAAAUUCCAGAUAGUGCAACAAACCGAUGAUCCUUUUCCAAUAAGCCGGCCGAGUCAUCGGACUCGCAAACCUGCAGAUUUGAGCAUUGAUACAGAGGCGGCUAAUAAUCCAGUGAUGCUCGCUGUAGCUAGCAAGACCAAGCCAAAGCUUGUUGAUAUAUCUCGACCUUCCUCAUCCGGGACAACAUUUUCCGUUCCCAUACAUCCGCCACCAUCGUGGAGACGACCAUCCACACCAGAACAACGAAGCAUGAAUGAAAUAUCUGCUUUUAGUCCGGACACUCCUCAGGACAUCCCGGACAGUGGCUACGUUACACAGCAAUCCAACCGGUCGUCGGACGAGAGUCACGAGUUCCGAGACGAUGACUAUGUUGAUACCGCGUUUGAUAUCGCGCCAACGACAGCAUCGUCAGAGCCACAUUGCGACAUCUCCUUCGUGACUAGUAUCUUCAGCGAUCAAAAGCCUAAGCAUCGAUAUUACAUGUCGUCUUACAAUAGACACAAACCUUCCACUGGCCAUAAGAAAGAUGAAACCCCACGAACACCACCAGCCGUGUCUCCGAAGACCGUCGAUCAAGAAACCUUGGUGAAGUACUGGGACUACGAGUGGACAUUGGAUCAACUCGAAGAUUCCGUCAAGGAGUUUCCCAAAUAUGCCCUGCGGCUCACAUCGCCGGUCAUUAUCCUGAUUCGACAGAAUCACGAAAACACGAUAGUUCGGCCAUUCAAGAAGAUUUUCGUCAAUGCCCAGGAUAAUAUGAUCGACUAUCUAUGUGCAGCAUUGAUUGCAAGGAAUUAUCUCGUCUCCACGGCAUCAACACACCAUCGCCUGAACAACCCUCUCACACCCCCUUCUCAGUCCAUUGCCAAAUUUCACAAUCAUGGUAACAACACCAACAGCAAUCUAUCGAAACUGGACAGUGUACCUGAAAAGGCAAGGGCAACACUCGGUAUCGCCUUGCCGAUCAACCCGGGCAACAAUAAUAAAUUGAAUUUGAACAUUCCGAACCAGUCGAUGGGUGCUCGGAGCGCGGAGCUACAGAAGGGUCUUGAUCGGAUUGUUGAUAAAUUGCUCUUCACGAUCUGUGGUCGACAUGAUGAGACGCUCAAGGCGUCGGUGACUGUGUUGAUGCAGGUUCUGGAGUCGAAAGAAUCAAAGGCUUGAUUCAUAUCAUUUCCAACAGUCAUUCUGCUACCCUCCCCUUUUCGCUUUUUCUUUUCUUGAUACCAUCCACUGUCCCUUAUUCAUCUGGCCAACAUACAAUCCUUCUUACAAUUCCCUUAUCUCUCCUUGUAAUGAACUUUAUAAUCACCCUUUUCUUCCUAGCACCAUCCACUCUUUCUUUCUGCCUGAGCUUCAACCUACCAUAUUGCAUACAUCUAAUGUCUAUCUCUUGAUUCCCUAUUUGCUUUUUCGUCUCGUGUUAAUUCAGAUUGAUAUUCCCUCCUUCCGAACUCGUCCUUUCGGCUUGAAUAUAUCUCAG